GGCCCGCGCCCAGCACCUCUCACCGCACCGGGCCCGGGCCCAGCUCCCGCAGGUUCUCCUUAAAGGCUUUCCCAGCUCUGGUGCCUUUCCCAAUCCCUGCUCGUCUCCUUAUCCUGAGCAUUCUUUUCGUUCCUAGUGUUUUAGUGUGCCUUGUCCCCAGGCGGGCUGCAAACCUUAACUUCCACCUGCUUAUCGAGAGGCAGCCAGCGCAGAAGUAUAGCACAUGGGGUCUCAAGGGCUUGUGUUUAGGCUAAAGACAAAUUCUGCGUGUUACCAGAGCUGUGCUAAAGGGAAAUUUCCUGCUGUGGAGACAUUAUGCCAUUGCCUAAGCUUCAGGAAAAAAAUGAGAAAUCUUCCAUUUGGGGCUUUUAAAAAGGGACAAGUGGAGAAAAAGAUGAAAAAGAAAUCUGUGGGAAGUCCUGGCUUGCCGGGAGUAGUAGGGUUUCCUGCUAGUAAGAGCUGUAAUUUUUGUAAUGAAGAGGGCUCAUGUGGUGCUCUCCACACAGGACAUGUGUCCCUGUGCUGUGUUGAUUUAUGGUAUAAAUGAACUGUUACACAGCACACUUCCAAUGUAAAAGCCAGGUCUGACCUCCUGUGAGAAGGGAGGCCUCAGAAAACUCAGUUUUGGAGGUGAGAGAUUUGUGCUUCUAAUCAUUCUGCCUUCCCCACACGAUGUCCAAGGCUCCCCAAGGUGUGUUUCAGGAGGAGCUGGAGUGGUGCAUUUCACAACUGGAGGCAGAUCUCCAUCUCACUCCACACCCCAAACUAGCAGAGGAGACCCAACAACACAUUUUCAAGGACCUGCACUCCCCUGCGACUCCUCUCGCAGAGAAGCAACAAGUGAUGAGCAAUGAGUUUGGGGAUUGUCAUCUCAAGAUGGAUGAGGGUCAGAAGAGCAUUGAGAAAGGCAUGACCCCUGACGCAGUGGAAGUACAGCCAAGCAAGGGGCAGACUGCAGAUGGUGUGAAACAGUCUGACCCAACCCCUGAGGCAAAGCCUGAGUUGUUCACAUCAUCUGGCAGCAGCUUCCGAUUUGAUUUUACACUUUCCAAGACCGACCCAGAAGCUGACUGUGGUGACAGUGGUGCUGAGCAGGUACAAAACACUGUCAGAGCCACCAAGCAGGAGAACUGGAAUGGCCCCUUGAGGUUUGCUGCCUCUGGACAAGAACCCAAGUUUGCUUUCAACUUUGCCAUCCCAGAUGAAGACUGUCCUCAUCUUCAAUUACUUCCAGGAAGCCAACAUACAGAGGACACAGCAGAUUCUUCACUGCCUGCUGAAUCAGCAGCUCUGCCACAGGCUGCAGCCUUGCAGAAGCCUGAGGUGACUCGAGUGACAGGGAAUGCACCCAAAGAGGAUAGAAGCCAUGUCACAUCAAAGAUCCCCCAAACAGAGACAGCCCCUGCAGGUGAGGCAAUGACAGAGAAAUCAACAGGAGGUGGAGCUGCCCAGAAGAAAAAAAAGAAGAAACAAAAAGCACCUGUCAGUAAAAACAAAACAGAAGAAACUGAGACCAGCAGGAAGGCAAAGGCGGAAGCUAACAGCUGUAAAAAUACAGAUACUUCCCAUCAGGAUGAGACCUCUCAGCAGUCAGAUGAGCAGCUGUGGAAAGAGGUGGACUGGUGUGUGAACCAGCUGGAACUCGGCUUGAAGACACAGAAACCCACUCCAAAGCAGGCUGAGGAGGCUCUCAGGGCAAUCAGGACACUGCGCAGUGACAAGGCUCCACUGGUGAAGAAGCGUCAGCUCAUGAGAGCCAUGUUUGGAGACUACAGGAAGAAGAUGCAGGAGGAGCUGUGCAGAGAGCUGAAGCUUAUGGAAACAGCUGCAAAAUCUGCCAGGAUCGUGGAGUUGAAGGGAAGCAUCCGCAAGAAGAAUGGCCAGUUCAUCCGGAAGUGCUUGGGAGCCUGCAGGAAAAGCCAAGGUUCAGCAGAAUCCUCUUCAGAGUCACACAGGACACUUAACAGAGGCUUAUUCAAUUUCACAACUCCCCAAGAAUUUCACUUUAAUUUCUUCUAGAAAAGUCACUUUGACUAAAACUGUGCCAGAUCUCCUGUAAACUGAAGAAUGGUGGAAAGGUGCUGGGCAGUAGGAAAUGUCAUGCAUGAAUCUCUGGAUCUUCUUCCCGGGUGUCUUAUCUAGAAGUUUAAAUCAGAUCUGCCUAGUAUGCAUAUGACCCCAAAACUCAGCCUACAUAAAGUGCUCCUCUGUGCUCACGUCGGAGAAAGGCACCUUUGAAGGGGUGAGCAGUGUGGAAGGAUCUGCUUUCUUUCCUGUAGAAUUGACAUUAACUGUAGAGUCUGUCUUCUACACUGUGAGAUUUUUCCCUUUCUCCCAUUGCUUUUAAAUAGAGCAGAGCCUUUCUAGCAGCUAAGGUGGCAGUGCAUACAGCAGGGAAUGGUUUGGAAUCAAGAUCCAGAGCAGUGAAUCGCUGGGUGCUUCCACUCCCCAAGUCUGUGUGAAUGCAGCUUCUGGCAUCCAGCAAAUACCAGCAGUGUGGCAUCCCUGACAUGGAGGAGCACGAGCUCAGCGUCUUUGGGGAAAAGUGAGACCCAUUUUUGCUCAUUCAUCUCUUUCAUUGACAGGUACAGACCUAGAAUAAAACUGCACAUCAUGAUUUAAUCCAGCCUAGAGAUGUAAGGACAGUUGUUUCCAGGAAAACCGGGAAAUUUUUUGUUGCUGAAGCCAGGUUCUGGACAGCUAGGAAGGAUGUACAAUCAACUCUUAAAUAAAGUUUACUUUAUUAGUAGCUCAGUUACGACCACUAGUGCCUCAGAGGGAAAAUUAGCUGCAUGCCAGCCUUGGGUGAUGAUAAAAUAAGCUGUCACAGCCCAAAGACUCUCUUCCAUUUGAUUUGUAUUAAAUUUUGGCUUUUUGAAUGUGUGUCUCCACUCAAUACUGCUUGAGUCACUGAACCCAUCUCUUAAGUUCAUGCAGAAGAUCUUCCCAAGCAUAUGAAGCAUAUGAAAUGCUGUGAAAGGCUACAUGGUAUCAGGUGUCUGUCCCUAGGGAGCAGUGCCUUUUAUAGUCCAGUCAGCCUGUGUGAGAAGUGGGAAAUGGGAGUGUAGCCAGAUUCCAGGGAAUGCUGAGAGCAGAUGAGAGAUGGUGAAAAACAUUGGCUGUGAAAGACUAAAAACCUGAUUGUGGCUCUAAAAAAUUAAUUUUAUUACUAAGCUCUGAUGGCAGGCAGUUGCAUCUACAAUACUUUUUUAUUUCUUUUAAAUUGUAAAUAUUUAAAAAUAGUAUUUUAAAGAAUUGCUGUGUGGGCAUAAGAAGAAACUGAACCUGGGUAACAUAUGAUGGGGAGAAACAGGUAAUAUACGUGAUGAAGAGAAACAUGGACAAAUUAAUUUGUCUCUUGUAAGUCAGUAGAUGAAAACUGGAAGUUGAGAUUGGCACACUUUAUUUGCCAAGGAGCACAGCUGUUACUUUGAAUGUAUAGAACAAUCUUAGACAGUAUUUUUUUUUUAUUUCCCGGAUUUUACAUUUAACAUACAAAAGCUGUGUCCUUGUCAUGCUUUUCAUGUUUUCAUGCUGUUUACUGAGAUUCAAGAGCAUCAUCUACAUGACCUUGGAGCUACAGCUGUUUGCUUCCCUGGCUGAUUAUGCAGGAGAUGUCUGAGAAAUAGUUACUUUUUUCCUUGUCAUGUCUCAGGUAAAGCUAGAGCUGCUAAAAUAUUAUAAAAUCCUUGCUGCAGAAGGCUGCAGAAGUAUUCUGGAAAGCAUUCUUACAUAGUUACCUCAUGUUCAUUAGGCAUUCACAAUUAAACUAAAGAUACCAAUGAGGUGGAUAUUUGGUGUAACCCAAUCCAGCAUUUAUCUUCAAAGGGGUCAGAGAAAACUCCAUUCUAAUAUGAGAACAACUCCUUUGGUCUUCCAGAGGUCUGAAUAAUGCUGACCUGUAAAACCAGCUCCUUUUCCCUUUUCUGUUCCUUCAUUACUGGAGGACUUAUAUCUAUGUUUGUGGGAAGGCAGAUGUUCAUCAGUGUGAUACAUCAUGUUCCUCCUGAGUGUCGUGUCGGCUUGGUUCCAUAAGUCAGCCAUGGAUCUUGGACAAAGCAUUUUGCCUUUUUCUGUCUGCUCGCUGAUUUUAUAGUCAAGGUGAUGCCUCCUCUGAGUUUUUGACAGAUGUGCCCAAGACACUUCAUUAGUGAUUGUGUCUUGAAGGGGUGUCUGAAACUACAGCAGUCUGUACUUCACUUUUAAGCUUUGCUGUAUUAUAUUUGUUUGAAAGGAAGCAAGCAAUGAUAUUAGAAGUUAGGAAAUUCCAUGGCUGCUCCAUCCAUCCUUUCCUCUUUUAGAGAGGCCACAGUGCAGUCUUAAUGAUGUUUUUAAACACUGUGUUUUCCCCUUUUAGCAUUUCUUUCUUUAGGAUUUCAGUGCUCUUUAGGGUUUCAGUGAUGUCUCUUAUUACAGCAGUGUCAGGUUUGGAUCAGGGCUUUGCUCUACUAGUAACUGUAAUACCUGUGGCUGGAGGUUUGGUCUAUGCCUCAAGGCAUUAAUGAUGUAUAGCAGUGAGGGAGAAGGGAGAUAUUCUGAUCUACCUGGACAUCUCUGACCCACUGUUCUUGCUUUAAGGAAUGUAUCUCAGUUUUGAUAAAAAGUUGAUCUCAA